UCUGUCCGAAGCCAUUCACUGGGGAGUAGCGGGGGGUGGGCUGAUGUCACUUUAGUGUUCGUCCAAGACACCAUUUAUCGUAUUUAACAUAUUUUUUGUAUUUGUUACCGUGUUAAAAAAAUUACUGAAUCAUCCACCCGGUACCGUCGAAAUGAUUAAGAACGGUCACCACGCAACAAGCGAGCAGGGCGCGGAAGUGGACGCUAAACCGGGGGAUUUAGCCUGCAGCCCGGAGAAAAGAAAGCGCAUCGCACGGGUGUGGUGCGACGGGUGUUAUGACAUGGUGCACUACGGCCACUCUAAUCAGCUAAGACAAGCCAAAGCAAUGGGAGAUUACCUCAUAGUUGGAGUGCAUACCGAUUCUGAGAUUGCCAAGCACAAGGGUCCUCCAGUCUUCACACAGGCAGAGCGUUAUAAGAUGGUGCGGGCCAUCAAGUGGGUGGAUGAGAUAGUGGAGGGAGCGCCCUAUGUCACAACCCUGGAGACCCUGGACAAGUACAACUGUGACUUCUGUGUGCAUGGAGAUGAUAUCACGCUGACAGUGGAUGGAAAGGACACUUACGCAGAGGUGAAGCGUGAGGGCCGCUACAGGGAGUGUAAGCGCACACAGGGUGUCUCAACCACAGACCUGGUGGGGCGCAUGCUGUUAAUGACCAAAGCCCAUCACAGCAAUAUUGAUAACCCGGACUAUCAGCAACACACAGACAACUUUGGGAAGGGUCCUAAAGGCCACAGCCCGUGGACAGGAGUCUCUCAGUUCCUUCAGACAUCCCAGAAGAUUAUCCAGUUUGCCUCUGGAAAGGAGCCACAGCCUGGAGACACAAUUAUCUAUGUGGCCGGGGCUUUCGACCUCUUUCACAUCGGCCAUGUUGACUUCCUCGAGAGUGUCUACAAGCAGGCAGAGAGGCCUUACGUCAUUGUCGGUUUGCACUUUGACCAGGAAGUGAAUCGCUACAAAGGGAAGAACUAUCCAAUUAUGAAUGUCCAUGAGAGAACGCUUAGUGUCCUGGCUUGUCGGUAUGUCUCAGAGGUGGUGAUUGGAGCGCCAUAUGCAGUAGGCAAAGACCUGUUGGACCAUUUCAAGGUGGACUUGGUGUGUCAUGGAAAGACGGAGGUGUUUCCAGACAAGGAUGGAUCAGACCCCUAUGCAGAGCCUAAGAAGAGGGGUAUAUUCCGUACCAUAGACAGUGGGAAUGGGCUCACCACUGACGACAUUGUCCAGAGGAUCAUUGAAAACAGACUACAGUUUGAGGCCAGGAACCAAAAGAAAGAGGCCAAGGAGAUGGCAGUAAUCGAGGCUAUGAGGAAGAGAGAGGAGGAGCAGAGUGAUGAGGUGGCCCAGGUUGUUCAAUAGUUUUACCCCAGAACCGGGACCUGCUGAAUAAAACUGGAUCCAGCUGGUAUACACAUCAGUUCUGGAUGCAACCUAGACCAGAGUUUGCUAAAUGGGAUCCAAGUAGUCCCAUUGUGGGAGAAGCUGACCUUGUCCAAGGGAUUCCAGCCGGUCUCAACCUGUCCGUGGGCCUCAGAAUUCUGUGUUGAUUAUUUUGGGAGGCAAUCUCUAAUCUGCAGGUGAAGCUCUCUCAGCCCAUCUAUAUGAACAAUUCCACCCCAAACAAGGUCACGUGAGAUAUGUCCUUUCAUGAAUACAUAAACCACAGAGUACAAGAGCUUAACAUAUGCUGUAAACUGACUUGUAAAUCCUUUUUAUACCUCCCCCAUGGAAAACCCACAUUUGUUGAUUAACUGAUUCAUGAAUCAGUUUUCAUCUCCAUGAAAGCAUACACCACCCACCCCUCCUCAUUUGUAAUAUCAAUAUAUUAGAUUUAACUAUGCCUAACUUAUUCACUAGGUUUCCAUGUCAAUGUCGGCUGUAUUUUUUAGAUUUUGGAUGACUGAUUUUUUUAAGCCCCUACAUUUCUUCAAUGAUCAUAUCUUAGGUGUUAUUUAACACGAUAAAUGUGGUCUAAUUUUAACUUGUGGAAAUGCUAAUUUGUUUUGCAGGAAUGGGCUUUUGUCUAAUCUUUUAUCGAUGGAAAUCUUGUAUGAUCUAUGAUGUAAAAUCAUCUGUAAAGUAGACUUCUAAGUUUUAACAAUGCUGGCUCUAGCCCGGUCACCUGAUUUUGCACCUUGGAUAUGUGUGGAAGAGAACGUAACGGUGUGUGUGUGUGUGUGUGUGUGUGUGUGUGUGUGUGUGUGUGUGUGUGUGUGUGUGUGUGUGUGUGUGUGUGUGUGUGUGUGUGUGUGUGUGUGUGUGUGUGUGUUCUGUGAACUAUAGUGGUGCCCCAAUGCUUCACUUUGCAACAAAUAUAAGGACUGACUUUUAUCAACUGAUGAGUACGCCUGAAAAUAAUUUUCUAGAGGGUGUGUCCUCAGCUAUUGCAUCUCAGAUCUUCAAGAGAAGUCCGUUUGCCCUCACUGGAUGUGUAUUUCAGAAGACAAACAAAAAGAAGUCCCCCCCUCUCCUCCUCUUAGCAGUUAUUGCAGAGAAAGAGAAUAGCGAAUGUGACAGUUUAAAGAUUAGGGAACUAAAUUUGAGUUGCUUUUGCGAACCUGAAUAUCAUGCUAGGAUUGCUGAAUGUUACUGUGCACUGCUUUAAAUGUUGGAGAAUGAGGCAAAAAUUAAUUUUAAAUAAAUUCCUUAAAGCA